AUGCUUAGCUCAAACAGUUUGAAGAACGUUGCCUUUACUUUAAAGGAUGGAUGUGUCAUGCACAUAAAAGCGGAAUUUGUUACUAUUUUCGAAGUUUUUCAGCGAGAAGUUAAACCGCCGGCAAACUUUUUGGAAGAAGUGCGGGCUUUAGAACGGUGCCAUAAGAAGCAAGAGCCCGCUUUCGAUGAACAUAAUUUGCUAUAUCGGAAUAAACGACUUCUUAUUCGAUUUAAAGCAAUCUGUUCAAUCCCAUCGUCUUAUUUACUUGGAAUGCGUGGAUGUCCUUCCAGAACAGUGAUAUAUUGCCUUGCGGAAAGAGAAAAUCCAUACUGCACAAGCUCAGACUGCCGAAAAUUAAAUUUGACUCAAGUAUCAGGCGUGAGUUCAGAGGGAGGAGUGGUGACAGAAGUCGUUAAAUAUGGAGCCCUGAAAAAAGGAGGUGAUUCCAAGGAAAGCAUGGAGAAAAGUGACGAGUUUUAUGCAAGCGAGGGAAUCGCAUACGAGGAAGACUUCGCUUAUUACUCAGAUGAAACUGAUUUAGCUGUAUCGAACCAAAUCAGUCUUCUGUGUUUCCUGACGACAGUGAUGAUGAUCUGA